AUGUCAUCAAAAACAAAAACAACGGCCCCUAGUCUCCAGCAGGCCUCAAGUUGUCAAGGGGUGCUAAGAAUCCCUGGAAAGUAUGCAAUAGCGGAAGAAUGUUACAGAAAAAUUCAGAAUGGCCCCUCUAUGGUACUUAGACAUGGAACGCUCAAUGUUGGAUCACUGACUGGCUGCAGCAUGAAAAUUGCAGAAAUGCUCGAGCCUAGAAAGAUUGACAUCUGCUGCCUUCAGGAGAGCCAAUGGAAUCAAAUGGUGUCUGUCAUAUCAACUCAAACAAUGGAAAAUAUAAACUAUUCUGAAAUGGUCAAUAGACGGCCAAAAAUGGUGUUGGAAUUUUUGUCAAAGAACCGCUAG